AUGGCUUCGUCACCUGGGCCGGACAUCAUUCUUCCCCUGAGCUCGCAGAAGCACGACCCGGCGUGGAAGCACUGCCAUAUGAUCAAGAGGGCAGACAGGAUCCAUCUCAGGUGCAUGUACUGCCACAAGCUGUUCUCAGGGGGAGGAAUCCACCGCAUCAAGGAGCACCUCGCCUGCCAGAAGGGCAACGCCUCGAGCUGCCCCAAGGUCAGCAUGGAGGUGCGCCGAGCGAUGCAGCAGAGCCUGGACGGGGUGGUGAUGAGGAGGAGGAAGAAGCAGAAGUUAGCGGAGGAGGUUAAGAAGCUCAACCCUGUGAAGCCGGCGGACACCGCUGACGGCCAUUCUGAAGCAGAGAUGGGGCUCCAGCUGGUGGCCAUGCCGAUUUCUGUGGAGCCGGAGGCGGUGCAACUGGAGAAGAGGGAGGAGGAAGUCGUCGCCAGAACCCACGAGAGGAAGAGGAGGAGGGCGGCCAAGAACCUGUCUCCUCCAUUGAAGGAAAAUGGGUUCGCAAGAGCUAACCUGGGGGGAACAGUGGACGGAGAUCAAGUGUGCCUGGCCAUCGGCCGGUUCCUCUACGAAGCGGAGGUCCCACUGGAUGCUGUGAACUCCGCCCAUUUCCAGCCGAUGAUCGACGCCAUUGCCGCCGCCGGCCCGAGCUUCAAGGCUCCUUCGUACCACGACCUCCGCGGGUGGGUACUGAAGAAUUCAGUGGAGGAAAUGAAGGCCACUGUAGAUUUCUACAAGGAGACCUGGACGCGAACAGGGUGCUCCAUUCUGGCCGACGAGUGGACGACGGAGGCGGACCAGACCUUGAUAAACUUCAUGGUCUACUGCCCAGAAGGGGUAAUGUUCUUAAAAUCGGUGGAUGCGUCGCAGAUGGUUACAUCUGCAGAUGCUCUGUAUGAGCUGCUCAAGCUCGUCGUCGAGGAAGUGGGUGUGGGAAACGUGCUCCAGGUCGUUACCAGCAACACGGAGACCCACGCCCUCGCCGGAAAGAGGUUGACCGAGACCUUCCCGUCCAUGUUCUGGACGCCCUGUGCUUCCCGAUGCGUUGACGCCAUGCUCGAGGACAUCGUGAAGCUGGAACCCGCAAGCAUAAUCUUGGAGCACGCGAGAUCGAUCACGCGGUUCGUCUACAACCAUGCGGAGGUUCUGAACAUGGCGAGGAGGUUCACCGACGGGAAGGAGCUGGUGCGGCCCGGGAGGAGCCCGUCUGACACCACCUUCAUGACCCUGAAAGCCAUGGCGGGUUUGAAGGAGAAUCUGUCGAGCAUGGUGGGCUCCGAAGAAUGGAAGAACAGUUCGUGCUCGAAGAACGAGGCCGCGGCUGCCAUGACGGAGCUCAUAUGCAGCCCGACGUUCUGGUCGUCGGUCGACUCCCUGGUUCAGCUGACGGACCCCCUGGUGCAGGUCUUGAGGAUGGUCGACAGCAUCAAACGGCCUGCCAUGGGUUACAUUUACAGGGGUCUGCACCGGGCGAAGGAGGUGAUGAGGAGGGUGCUGAAGAUGAAGAAGGAUUACAUGCCCUACUGGAACAUCAUCGACUGGAGGUGGCACAAGGAGCUGCCGCGCCCUCUCCAGGCUGCAGGCUUCUUCCUCAACCCUCAGUUCUUCUACCGCAUUAAAGGGGAGGUCCCGAACGAGAUCAUGACGGGGGUGCUGGACUGCAUCGAGAGGCUGGUGCCCGAGAUGAAAUCUCAGGAUAAAAUCAACAAGGAACUGACCGCCUACAAGAACGCGACUGGGGAUUUCGGGAGGAAGAUGGCGAUCAGGGCCAGGCACACCCUGCUCCCCGGUGACUGAACCCUCCCUCCGCCCUUCUCCCAGAAAAAUUAUAUAUUUUUACUAUUUUCCGGGCAGUCUGCUUGCAGUUCAAUCAAUUGCUCUGCUUAUUUUAGAUCUUUGCCUCUCCUUUUGGCAAUUCAUCAGGCGAAUGGUGGUCAACAUAUGGCGGGGGUUGCCCGAACCUGGCUCGCCUGGCCAUCAGAAUCCUCAGCCAAACGUGUAGUGCGAGAGGAUGCGAGCGAAGCCGCAUCCCCUUCGAGCAGAUGCACAGCCAAAGAAAGAACCAUUUGGAGCAUCAGAGACUCAGUGAUCUCAUUUAUGUCCGGUACAACCUUAGAUUGCAGCAAAGGUAAGGGGAGUUCUUGGUUUCGUUGACCUCAUACCUGAGCUGACUAUAUCCAUCUAUACGACCGCAAUAUAUAUAUAUUCUCCAAUGGUUUUUUUAAUAUGAAGCUUAUUCCACCCAAGUCAAAACUAAUGGUUUGACCUCAUAGAUGAGCCUGUAUUCCAACGGUAAGGGAAAGCCUUUGCAAGUCAAAGCCAGUGGUUCAUGAGAUCACCGAAUUGUCUGCACUCAAUUUAUGUUACCACCAAAAAAAAAAAACUUUUUUUUCCUAAAAAAGGAAUUUAUCCUUAUUUUUCUUGUAUGAGGAUAGAGACGUUGACCGAAUAAAUAACCGACUGAGUGAGUAAGCUCUUCUUGAAGGCACCUUCUGAAGAACAGACAGACGGACCCCCUCUCGGUCGACGCCAUCAGCGGCGUUGAAGACUGGACAGUGGAGAGAACCGGGCUCUUUACCAGGGAAGACGACGAGUCCAACUGGGUGGAGCUCAUUCAGCCAACCUCUUCUUCAGAGGCCGCUCACACCGACGAGGACGACGCCCUCUUCAGCGCCGGUAUGCCCUCUGCCCGCAUUCAUCUCCGAGCUCUCCAGUCAGGUUCCUUUGCAGGAUUGAUGGAUUCACCGGGCGCGAUCUCCGACAGAGAUCGAUGACGAGGAGUACGACGGCUGCAACAAGGAGGAGGAAGAGGAGGACGACGACGACGACGUCAAGCAGGAGAUGUAUGGUUUCGUCAAGGAGGAAGAGUGA